AAGCAACUUUACUUUAAAGAAGAAUCAGGCCGUACUAAGCUUGUUCCAGAGAUAGUGGCGUUGAUGGACGAUAAUGAAAAACCAUCGACAAGGGCAACGGUUGUUUUAAAGGCGAAUAAAGAUGAAGAACAAAGAAUGACAAGGAAAGAACGACAAGCGGAAAGAGAAAAGACAACAGGUAAAGAAUGGUUUGACAUGCCAAAAGCAGAGAUAACAGAAGAAGUGAAACGAGAUUUACAAAUACUUAAGAUGCGACAUAUUUUGGAUCGCAAACGACAUUAUAAGAAAAUGGGUAAAAGACCUGAUCCUAAAUAUUUUCAAAUUGGUACAAUUAUCGAAGGUCCUACCGAAUUUUAUUCAGCACGUAUGAGUAGAAAGGAACGAAAACAGACAAUCGUGGACGAGUUGAUAGCCAAUGAUGAAUUGAAGCAAUAUUAUAAGCGUAAAUAUAAUGAAGUGCAAGAAAGAACGACGAGUGGAGGAAAGAAACAUUAUAAAAAGCUUAAAGCCCAAAGACAAUGGGCUAAAUAA